AUCAAGGUACGUGAUAAUGAAACGCUUUAAAAGCAACCCAUUCUGACUCUAAUCAUUACUUAUCACUGGUCGUCACUUGCCACAUCUUGAUUAAAAUGUCUCAAAAGCCUCUCUACCGCUGGGUCGAUUCUUGCAUCACUGACCCCAAAUUCCCCGACUCGGUCCUUCAAGUCGGUGCCGAUCCCCAUGGUCACGCUGUUUACGUCGGUAAAGCACCAGGUGGCGACUAUGUGCUCCCUAUCACCGUCAUCCCAGCGGACAAAAAAGCCAGUAUUGGUGUUAAAGGGGUCGAAAAUCCCGUUCAGAAGUAUAAACUUUUGUCUUCGAACCAACUGAAAUGGGUGCCAAGUCAAAACGGUGUGGUACUUCCAGGGGCGGUACAAGUUGGGCAUAAUAAAGACGGUAUACCGAUAUAUGCAGCCAGAGUGUUCCACGAGAGGUCCUGGAUUGUCGGAGCGAUAAAUCCUAAGUAUGAAGUUUGCUAUUUCCCUUACAACGGCAAAGAAUUGACAACCAAGCAAUAUGAAGCCCUGGUUUCUGAGUUCUACGUAGAGUAGAGUGGACUUUAAAAUUGCGAAAGAAGUUGCAUCUACGAAAAAUGUACAUUGUUUAGUUUAAUAUCUGCUUGUAACACAGUACUAAAUUUAUAAUAAAUGCCUAUUUUUACGUUAAA